AUGGCCCCGUGGGCAUCCGCGGAGCUGUGGCUGCUGCUGCUGCUCCAGUUGUGUCCCGCGCUCGCCUCGCUGCCCCGCAGCUGCCCCCCCGCCUGUAUCUGCACCUCCGACCUGCUGAGCUGCAGCCGGCAGACCCUGCAGCGCGUGCCCCGUGCGCUGCCUCCCACCGCCACCACGCUGGACCUGAGCCACAACGCGCUGAGCCAGCUGCAGGACGGCUGGCUGGCCGCGCUGCCGCACCUCGAGGCUCUGCACGUCGGCCACAACCAGAUCGGCGAGCUGUCCCCGCGUGCCUUCCACAACGCGUCCCGCCUGCGGCACCUCGACAUGUCCUCCAACCGCCUGCGCGCCGUCGAGACGCACUACUUCGAGGAGCUGGUGAGCCUGGAGGAGCUCCUGCUCUACAACAAUCACAUCGCGCGGGUGGACGAGAACGCCUUCGCCAAGCUGAGCGGGCUGAGGAAGGUGUACCUGAGCUGGAACAACCUCACCUCCUUCCCCUUCCACGCGGUGCAGGGCCUGGGCAACUUCAGCCUGCGCACGCUGGACCUGUCCUCCAACAGCCUGAGCAGCCUGCCUGUGGAGGAGCUGGCGGCGCUGCCUGAGCACGUCCGCAACGGCCUCUACCUGCACAACAACCCUGUGCGCUGCAGCUGCCCGCUCUACCUGAUGCUGCAGCGCUGGAGGCAGCGGGGUUUCAGCUCGGUGCGGGAUUUCUUUGAGGAGCACACCUGCAAGGUAUCCGACGCCGUGCCGCGCUCCCUGAUCAAGCUCCUCAAGUACAACCACCUGUUUGAGAACUGCUCGGCCGAGCCAGACCCCGCGCAGCCCGUGUCCUUCCCGGUGACGGUGGGCCGGGUGCUGCUGCUGGCCUGCAACACCAGUCUGCCCCACGUCGCCUACAUGUGGAUCUCCCCACACCACGAGCCCAUCUGGCCUCCGGGGAACACCAACGGCUCCGUCGAGGUGUUCCACAACGGCAGCUUGCGUAUUGCAUCCGCCCGGCCCUGGCACUCCGGGGUCUAUGUCUGCUUGGCCAUCAAUGGCCCCCACAACGUCAGCCGGCUGUGCGAGGUCAACGUGACGGUGCAUUACUCCAAGCCAGACGGGGAGGUGUUCAGCACCGGCCUGACCACGCUGCUGGGCUGCAUCGUCAGCCUGCUGCUGGUGCUCGUCUACCUGUUUGUGACGCCGUGCCGCUGCCCGCCGUGCUGCAGGACGGCCUCCCCCAGCCCCCCGCAGGAGUGCAGCGCACAGUCCUCCAUCCUUAGCACCACACCGCCCACCACCGACGGGCCCAGCCGCAGGGCCAGCAAGCACGUGGCCUUCCUGGAGCCUGCCCGCGAGGUGCUGGAUGGCAAGGAGCGCCCGGUGCCCGGUGAGGGCCUCCCUGAUGGCAGGCACCCCAAGGUGCUGCAGCUGCGGUCGGACAUCGAGUCCAUCAGCUCCGUCUUUUCAGACACCCCCAUCGUGUCGUAGUGGGGCUGAGCUGUUCGCCUGCUCAGAGCAUCACCGAGCCCCAGUGGCUCAGCCUGA